AUGGCUUUACCAUGGACCGUAGAUUCCGCAUUGUCUCCCAGUCUUGAAUCUUUGCUAUAUCCGAUCGCUGCCAAACCGAUCCGUGGUCGAGGAAGUCACGGGGUCAAGGUGUGCCGCAAUCCGGCGCAUCAGUCAGCACAUUCAUCCGCCUUGUUCAAAGAAAGCCCGGUCGCCAUGCUCGAAGAAUAUCUCUGGGGCCAGAAAGCAACCGUCACCGUUAUGCCACCAUUCCAGGACCAUCCAGCUUACUACGAGCUGCCACUCGUCGUGCGCUUCAACCACGAAGACGGCAUUGCACCGUAUAAUGGCGUUGUGGUUGUGACGGCCAAAUCAAGAGUCCUGACACCGCACGAGGAGGCUCAAAAUCCGCGGUACCAAGAGACCAGCCAACAGUGCGAAGAGUUCACAGAGGCAAAGGAUUCGGUGUUCGCCAUCUUCGACGUCAAUAUGAAAUCUAACAUGACCGAUCCAGGCCGGACCGGCCGCGAAGACCAGGCAAGUCUGACGGCAAUGGCUGCCAGUGCGCUUGGAUGGGACUAUCCGGAGCUGUUGGCGAGGAUGCUGAAGUCUGCUCGAACGCUGCAAGAUCUGAGGUCCUUGGAUAUCUAA